AUGCGCGCCAGCCAUUUCCUCGGUAAACUCAGGUCACAAGAGACAUUCCGGUGGUCGGUCGGUGGUUCGGGAUUGUUAGAAAAUUUCAGUCGUUUAUUUUGGCCAGAAACAAAGUUAUUGAAUAUCAAACUGGCUCAUCAGUUUUGGUUCUCGUUUCCGCCGCCAGGGGCGUCUGGUGGGAGUUCUUCAAGGCAAGCCGAUGAAGAAAAGGCAAAGGAACGGCAGAAAAAUGAGUCCUCUGAUCGGGAGCAGCACCACAAGCAACAGAAGCUCGACGCCGCCAACUGCAAGCGAGAGGCACGGGAAAUAAGGCAGCUCGACAACGAACUGUUGAAUCAACGUAGAGCCCAAGAAAGGGAACGGCAGGCACAGCUAGGUUCGGAACGACAAGCGGCAGCAUUGGCCGCUGCUACUACAGGUGGUCCCGUCGGUGCCACAUCGCCACCACCACCAUCGUCGAACAGUUCGGGCGACAGGGGUUUCCGCCAAACGGAACCAUUCUACGCGGAGAGCAGCAUUACGACGACACCGGGCCGUACGCCACCGACCACUAUAGCCGAGGAAAAAUCCCCCAUACUAGCCGGUGUGAAAACACCGCUGCUCGAAGACACGCCAUUCGCUAGCACGAACCUAACGCUGAUGGAAACGUUGCAAAACAGUACGGCGCCAGUGACACCGAAGGAGGAAGAGCAACGUAAUUCGGUCCUGGCCGGGGCAACUACGAAUAAACCACCGUCAGAAAAGGGAGUUCCAGAGACAUCGCAACUGCAAGACUUUCCCAAAGGUCGCCAGGAUUCAACGGAAAGCGAAAUUUCGACAAUAUACUCUCAGUCACAAUCGGAUGCCUGCCAUAAGAUGAUGUGCCGUGCUCCCAUAGCUUCACUCGAUUGCAUGGAGGAAUUUAGUGGCACGACUGCUCAGCUUGAUUUCGGUCGUUCCACCAGUUUGGGGUCCAAUCCGGCCAUACAGAUACGCAGCAAUGCAACCACUACGCCCGGUUUGCGGUACAAAAAUCUCGGCAAAAGUGGCCUGCGCGUCUCUAAUGUGGGUCUCGGCACCUGGCCCAUUUUCUCGCCGGGCGUAUCCGAGGAACAGGCGGAAGCCAUCCUGCGCCUGGCCGUUGAUAGUGGAAUCAAUUUGUUCGACCUUUCCGAAGCGCAUUCAGGUACACGUGCGGAAAUAGAGCUGGGCAAGAUUAUUCAAAAGGCAGGAUGGAAACGGACCAGCUUCGUCAUAACAACAAAAAUUUAUUGGAGCACAAAAUCCGAAGAGCGAGGAUUAUCGAGAAAACACAUCAUCGAAAGUGUCCAAGCGAGCCUGCAAAGGUUGCAGCUGCCAUACAUCGACGUCAUACUGGUGCACAAGGCGGACUCUAUGUGUCCGAUGGAAGAGAUUGUGCGAGCAAUGAAUUACGUCAUAUCGCAAGGAUGGUCGAUGUACUGGGGAACAGCGCGCUGGUCGCCCGUGGAGAUCAUGGAAGCCUACACAAACUGUCGCCAGUUCAACUGUGUGACACCGAUCGUGGAACAGUCGGAAUACCACAUGUUCUGCCGGGAGAAGGCGGAGCUUUACCUGCCUGAGAUGUACAACAAAAUCGGUGUCGGAUUCAUGGCCUGGGGACCACUGUCCAUGUGCUUGGGCGAUGCACAGAACGGCGAGAAGCUCUGGAUACCGAAGGGAUCGCUGAAAAGCAAAAGCCAAAGCUACUCCUGGAUCGAGGAUGAAGUAAACAAAGAAGAUCCGCAGGACGAAGCGCGCCGGCUGUACGACAAAGCGCGUGACAUUAGCAAUCUUGCGGAAAAGUUGGGCUGCAAUGCGGUACAGCUGUCGAUUGCGUGGUCGCUCAAGCAUGAACCGGUCCAAUGUUUGCUGCUCGGUGCUACCUCUCCGGAACAGCUUCAUCAAAGUCUGCAAGCGCUACAGUUACUGCCACGGCUAUCGACCGGUGUGAUGCUGGAAAUAGAACGCAUCCUUGAAAACAAACCAGUGCGUCCACCGCCGAUAUCUACGCUUGCCCUUCGGUGA